GCCCAGGGCUCCGGAGGGGCUGGCGGCACCUUGGCGGUGUGUGGGUGUCACUGGCAUGUGGACAGGCAGCCUCCUCCUGCUGCCCUGCCCAGUGGGAGUCGUGACUCCAGCUUCCUGAGCCCCCCCCCAGGUGGGUGGAAGGGGAUGCCGUUUCCCCGCCUCCAGCCCUGGUGCUGUCUGUUGGGACAGGGGACCAAGGCUUUUUCCCUUGAGGUGACAGCGUGUGGGGGGACAGGCGUGCACUGCGUUGUUUUCCCAGAAGGUGCCGCUGAAGGAGGGAGAUUUUGGAUGACCUAGUUUUGGGGGAUGGGGGGAGGACAGGAACAAGGACGGUACCUUGGAUGGCUGACCCUCUUAUCCAGUCCUGACAUGGUGCUGGGAGGUGGUCAGAGUCUGCGGAGUCCCGCUUCUGAUGGGCUUGGGGGCACCAGAGCAGGCCCAGGGUGGAUGCCCCUGCCACCUGGCCGUCAGGGCUCUCCCUGGGACCGGCCACCAGGAGUUCCAGCGUCCAACUUCAUUGAGGGGGCGGACCCAGAGCAGUCCAGCCCCUCCCUGGACCAGGGCCUCAAAUACCCGCCUGAGCCCUGGCACCAGAACUGCUGCCCCACCAAGCGAGGAGUCUGUGUUGUGCCACAGACACACCCCCAGCCUGGAUCUCUGACCUAGAUCCUGAGCCUCGGCUGCCGCCCCACCCGCAUCCCAGCCGCCCGCUCCGCGCCAUGAGUGGGUUCCGCGCCCUAAUGGCCGCGCUCUGGGCGCUGGGGGCCGCCGGGGCCGCGGCGCUGCGCAUCGGAGCCUUCAACAUCCAGAGCUUUGGCGACAGCAAAGUGUCGGACCCAGCCUGCGGCGGUGUCAUUGCGCAAAUCGUGGCUGGCUAUGACAUCACGCUGGUGCAGGAGGUGCGAGACCCGGACCUGAGCGCCGUGUCCGCGCUCAUGGAGCAGAUCAACAGCGUGUCCAGGCACGAGUACAGCUUUGUGAGCAGCGAGCCCCUGGGUCGGGACCAGUACAAAGAAAUGUACCUGUUCGUCUACAGGAAGGACGCGGUGUCGGUGGUGGACACGUACCAGUACCCGGACCCGGAGGACGCCUUCAGCCGUGAACCUUUCGUGGUCAAGUUCUCCGCACCCGGUUCGGCUGCCGGGGAGCUAGUGCUGAUCCCGCUGCACGCGGCGCCGCACCAGGCCGUGGCGGAGAUCGACGCUCUCUACGACGUGUACCUGGACGUGAUCGACAAAUGGGGCACCGACGACUUGCUGUUCUUGGGCGACUUCAAUGCGGACUGCAGCUACGUGAGGGCGCAGGACUGGCCGGCAAUCCGCCUGCGCAGUAGCGAGGUCUUCAAGUGGCUCAUCCCGGACAGCGCGGACACCACGGUGGGCAACUCGGACUGCGCCUACGACCGCAUCGUGGUGUGCGGCGCCCGCCUGCGCAGGAGCCUGAAGCCCCACUCGGCCGCUGUGCACGACUUCCAGGAGGAGUUCGGCCUGGACCAGACUCAGGCCCUUGCCAUCAGUGACCAUUUUCCUGUGGAGGUGACCCUGAAGUCCCACUGAAAACCUUCAAGGCCUGGUCAGGGCACGCUGCCUCCAGACUCGACCUGAGGAGGACUCUGGCCCCCACUGAUCUCCUUCCGGAUGGCUGGCCAAGCCCCAGCAAGCCGUGGGGCAGGGCUGGCUGGACACGUGGCUGUGGACACAUCACAGGCCCACUCAGCCUGUCUCCCCAUCUGUAAAAUGGGCUACGACAUCUACCUCCUCCUUGUGAGGAGCACCUGCAGGGCGCCGGGCGCGUGGCUGUGCUCAAUAAACGGGAGCGAGCGCUUAGCCAGGA